UACAAUGUUUUUGAUAUACAAGUAGUCAAACAACACGUGAUAUUUGCGAUAGCAUUACAAACACACCAAUCAAUCGGUAAAUUAGUGGCCAACCUGUCCAGUGACCACCACUACUAUCCAAUCAAUCAGUUUUGUGUUCCUCCCGUCGGCAAUAGUAGUGGUCAAUCGUCAUGAAAGUCAAACGAUACAAACGGGUCAACAAAUAUCUACAGUUUUAUAUGAAUUCAUUCGGCUAUCGGCCGCCGUUUCAAGUGGUCAUCGACGCUACGUUUGCCCAGUCGUGUCUGAAAAGUAAGAUCAACAUCAGGGAACAGAUGACCAAAUAUUUUGGUAAACACGAGAUCAAAUUGGUGACCACCGUAUGCGUUGUUCAGGAAACACAACGGCUAAGUCAGUCACUGUACGGCGCUUUGCUUGUUAUCAAACAGUUUCCGAUUCAUCGAUGCGGUCACGAAAAGUCGCCGAUUGCGGCCAACGAUUGUAUUCGCGAAUUGAUUUGCGGUUCGGGUAACAACAAUCCCGAUCACUAUAUGCUGGCCACACAGGAUCUCCAACUGACUCGAUCGGUACGCCGUUCGGUCGUGUGUCCGCUAAUCUAUUUGAACGGCAACGUCAUUGUAAUGACCAAACCGGUCGAUUCGGUCAAAGAGGAGGCGCAUCGGCGCGGAGUGGACGCCAGCGAUCAGUUAGCCGAACACGAUGUCCAAGUGCUGAGCAAAUUGAAAGAAAUACACGGUUUAGCUGACGAUUCCGUAGGCGAUAAUCAACCGAAAAAGCGACGCAAAGGACCCAAAGGUCCGAAUCCGUUGUCGUGUAAGAAACCGAAGACAAAGCCGACGACAACAACAACAACGAAAACAUCGGGAGCCGGGAGUAGUGGUAGCGCUGGUGGUGGUGACGGAGGUACCGGUAGUACAGAUAGUAGAUUACGUAAACGUAAGCGAAACAGAGGACGCGGCGGCGCCGCCAGCAAAACAACACAUAUUAAGCAAAUGUUUGACAAAAUUGUGGCCAAUAUUAGCACCGGCGGCGGCGGCGGUGGUGCCGAUACUACCAAUUGAUUCAGCCAUUCAUUCAUUCAUAGCAUUAUCUCUACUGUCAUUGUCAUCAAAUAGUAACAACCGUUUAGAUGCAGAAAAAAACUGAUAAAUAAUUUAUUAAAUCUAUUUAUUUUUAUUAAAUAUCAAAUUUAUAAC